AUGGUGCGCAUGAACGUGUUAGCAGAUGCUCUCAAUUCUAUCUCCAAGGCUGAAAAGCGCGGCAAACGCCAGGUCUUGCUGAGGCCAGCAUCAAAGGUCAUCGUCAAAUUUCUCACUGUCAUGAUGAAGCAUGGUUACAUUGGGGAGUUUGAACAGAUUGACGAUCACAGAGCUGGCAAGAUUGUUGUUAAUCUGACAGGCAGAUUAAAUAAGUGUGGUGUGGUCAGCCCCAGAUUUGACGUGUCUAUCAGGGACUUGGAGAAGUGGACAAACAACCUUCUGCCCUCUAGGCAGUUUGGUUUUAUUGUGAUGACCACAUCUGGUGGCAUUAUGGACCACGAGGAGGCCCGAAGGAAACACUUGGGAGGCAAAAUUCUGGGUUUCUUCUUUUAA